AUGGACGCUGCAGACGAGCCCUAUGACUUUCUCAACUGGCACAGCAAUGCGCCCGUUGUCAAGGAUGAAAAAAAGGAAUUGAAGAAGCAGAAGAAGGCAGAGAAAGAGGCCAAGGCCAACGCAGCAAAGGAGUCCAAGAAGUCGUCCUCCAAGUCAUCAAAAAAGUCCAGCAAAAAGACCAUGGAUUCUGAUAGCGACAGUAGCGAGGACGAGGAGGAGGCAGCGGCAUCAAAGAAGGCGCUCAGGGCUAGCAAGAAGGAAAAGUCCAAGAAGAAAGCCGUCGUCAUGGAUUCGGAUAUAGAUUCAUCAUCGUCAGACUCAGAGCAGGAUGACCCCGACACACAACCGCCUCCAAAGUCCAAGAAGAAGAAGAACAAGAAGAAGAACAAGAAGAAGGCUGGCGCAGAGGACGAUGAGGAGGCAGAGGCACCCGAGAAUGAGGAUGGUGUUGUUGAUGAUGACGAGGAAGGUGGCAAGAAGAAGAAGAAAAAGGGCGACAAGAAGGACAAGAAGGACAAGGAGGCCAAGGAGAAGAAGGACGGCCCUGGACGGAAGGGCGAGUACGGUAUCUGGAUCGGGAACCUCUCGUUCUUGACGACCGAUAAGGCAUUGCGCCAUUUCUUCCGUAACGUCGGCGGCGAGAUCACACGUGUCAACAUGCCUACAGGCUCGGGAUACAACAAGAAGGGCAACAAGGGCUUCGCCUAUGUCGAUUUCUCGAGUGCCGAGGGUCAGGAGGCGGCGAUCAAGUUGUCUGAGUCUGAGGUGGACGGACGGAAGGUGUUGAUCAAGUCGAGCAAGUCAUUUGAGGGUCGUCCCGCGGUCUCCAAGGCUGCUGCUCAGGAAAAGUCAUUGAAGCAGAAGCAUGCUGUCUCGCCUACGCUGUUUGUCGGAAACUUGUCAUUCCAGUCGACGAGGGAGGGUCUUCAGAAGCUGUUUGAGGACUGUGGAGAGAUUCGCAAGGUUCGUCUGGCGACCUUUGAGGAUUCUGGAAAGUGCAAGGGAUUCGCAUAUAUCGAUUACAUGGCACCUGAAUCGGCGACGACAGCACUGACGGACCCAAAGAAGCACUUUUUGGAUGGACGCAAGCUCAACAUUGAGUACGCCUCGGCUGAAGCCACCCUGAAGGGUAACCCCCGCGAGUUCAGGAAGCGCAAGCGUGAGGAAGAAGAUGCAGCAGCGAUUGCCCGUGGCGAAGUGCCUCCCUCACAACAGGAAGGUGGCGCCAACUACGAUCCCGAAGCAGCCGCCGCCGAAGCAGAGGACGAGGAGAGGAGAAAACGCAAUGCGGAGCAAAAGGCCAAGCGACAGAGACGUCAACCUGGAGAGACGACCGUCAAGAAGCUUCAGGGCCAUCAGCGUCCUGGAUUUGCCCUUGCCAAUGCUCAACGUGCCACCACUGGUAUUGUCGAGUUCAAAGGAAACAAAGUUACCUUCUAA